CCGUGUGCCAGCGCCGCGCGCGCGCGUCCACCACGCGAGUUCCGGCCUCCCGAGCAAAUUUUCGCGCGCUGUCGCCCGUUUUUUUUUUUUUUUAAUUUUUUUUUCCAAACGAAUUUUUUUCGGCCAGUCCGUGUGCGCUUAACCCGCACUUCGGAGGAAAAUUGUUUUCAUAUUUUUCAUCGACUCGCCCCGAAGAACUCCAUCGACCGCGCAUCCACACACGAUGGACAUCGAUGCUGUCUACCAAAAGUACGUGGCGUGCAUCCUGGAGGACGUGCGAGCCAUCCACGGGAAAGAGAUGGUGGCCACGGGCAGCCCAUCUGUGUUCUGUUCCGUUCUGCCCGGCCACUGGCGGUCCAACAAAUCGCUUCCGAUACCGUUCAAAGUGGUCGUGUUGGACGAGGUGCCCGACGGCGCUGUCGUUGUCGUGCAAGCCGGCAACGACGAGAACCCAUCGGCCGACAUGCGGAACUACCGAGCCUUGUCAGCCACCGGCGUGGCCGUCUUCAACGAUUUACGGUUCGUCGGCCGCAGCGGAAGAGGUAAAUUGUUAACGCUCACCAUCACAGUUCAGUGUAAAGAUCAAGUAGUAUUAGUAGCCAACUACGUGAAAGCCAUUAAAAUCACUGUCGACGGACCAAGACUUCCUCGGUCAAAUCAUAGAGACGUGAUCCACGGUUACGGCGGUAUGUUCCCCAUGCACGGGCCCUUGCCACCUUACGGCAUGAUCAUGGAGUACAAGCGGCUGCUGGAGGGCGCAGCGCUGCCUGGGUCGCUCAACUACCAGUACAUAGCGGCCAAUUACUUCCAACUUCACAACGCCAUGGAAGCGUCGCAGAUGUACUGCGACAUGCCACCCCAGUCGGCGUUCAACUUUGCCGGCUACAACCACAGCAUGCCACCCACGCCUCCUCACACCGAGGAGGAACCAUCGUCCGUGAAGGCCAGCACGCAGGACGACUGCGACCGCGGCGUCGCGCCCUCCAAACGACCCGCGGCCGGCUCGGUACCCACCGUGACCUGCGCCGCGGCACCGUUGGCCACGGCCUCACCGGCCAGUGGCCGGCUUCACCAAGAGCCUAAGCGGCCUAAGCGUGAGUCGGAGCCCACGCCGGACAUCGACAUUGUCAAUGUGGCCGUCGUCCGGUCGUCCAGUCCGGAAGUGCUGAAACCCCGGCAGGAGAAGAUCUGGAGGCCGUACGGCGCCACCGACGAAUAGUGCCGCGUACCCGUCGGACUGUGUAAAUAUAAGAAUAGGUACAAGAAAUCGUAUGUGUAAAAAUCGGUUUUUUUUCCAUAUUUUACCAACUAUACACACACAGACACAUAAACACAUACACGUCUCUCUAUCUAUAUGUAAAUAUAUGUAUAGACAAUCAACGGAGCGUUUAGGUUACGUAAUGAAUAAUUCAAUGUUGUGAUAUUAGCGUUUAGUUUUAUAAUAUAAUGUAUUAACGUGUAAUAAUAAUAUUUAAUGAUAUUAUGUAAAAAUGAUUUUCUAUCAGAUUACCCGGGGCCUUUUUUCGUUAUAUGUUUACAUAAACUCUAUUCGUAUUUAUUAUACAUGUGUAUGCGUAAAAAAAAUAUAUUGUAAAUCAAAGCCGUACGCAUGCAUGUGUAUUGCGAAUAAACAUGUGUACUCUUCGCCUUUUUCCAAAAAUAUAUAAAUACACGAAUAAACAUAUUUGUACUUCUGCGCUGCGCAUGCGUACGUAUAAAAUCGCAGGCAGUUUUUGUGAUAAACAUGUACAUUCUGUUAUUAGCGUGUGAAUUAUUGUUAAACGAAAAAAAUUAUAUUAUAUUAUAUUUGAAAAAAUUAAAAAA